CCUCUAUCCCACAGCCGCACCGCUGCGCCUUCUGCCCACCCGCCCGCGCACCCCCCGCCCUCGGCCGCCGCCCCGGCCCCGGCUCCGUCGGGCCAACCAGGCCUGAUGGCGCAGAUGGCAUCCACCGCCGCUGGGGUAGCCGUGGGCUCAGCUGUGGGACACGUCGUGGGCAGCGCCCUAACCGGAGCCUUCAGCGGGGGCAGCUCAGAGCCCGCCCAACCUGCUGUUCAGCAGGCCCCCACCCGUGCUGCACCCCAGCCACUACAGAUGGGACCCUGCUCCUAUGAGAUCAAGCAGUUCCUGGACUGCUCCACUACUCAGAGUGACCUGUCCCUGUGUGAGGGCUUCAGCGAGGCUUUGAAGCAAUGCAAGUACAACCAUGGUCUGAGCUCCCUGCCCUGAAGAUACCAGGGCAGACUGGUGCAGACUGGAGCAGAUUCGUGGGCCAGCCCUGCACUCACCUCCACCCCUUCACCGACAGCUGGACCAUGACAUUGACAUCAGAUUGUACCCAUGUAACUGUGAUUGGGAGUAAGGAGAGGGUUUCUCACCCCAUAGAUGACCUGAGCCACAAAUGUGCAAUUAAAAGGUUUAUUUUAGACCCGA